AUGCCCGUUCCCAAAGUGGAUCCGGCAGUGCUGCACUUGGAGCAUGAAUUGCGCAAAGAGCUUUCUGAAGCGUUGGAGAUGCGUUUGUCACCAAUCUUGGCACGCUUGAAUGCCUUGGAAGCGCACCUUGUGCAAAGCACGGAAGAGGAUGGACUCUUGGCCAGCAGCCGAGGGACUGGCAGAGCCACAGUCCCGACUCGAAGUAAUUUCGAUGAAGCGGUGCGUGUGCAGGCAAAAGAUUUGGACAUGGAAUCGGUUCUCCUACCACCUGUGCAUGAAUCGUCGCCAUCUCAGGACCCAUGUGAACGCGUACAUGUUGGGGAAACAGUGUGGAACUUUGUUCUUGUGAUUGGCUUGUUGGACUGCGGCACCAUGGACACGUUGAUCGCUUUUGCCCUCAUGGUCGGAAAUGCGAUGAUGCAGGCCCUCUUCUGCAUUGCCAUCAUGUCACCUGAAUUUCGGGGCACUGCCUUUGCCUCGCAGCUCGCUGUUGCGAAGAAGUGGCGCUUGGGUGUAGGCCACGACUCGACUUACAUGGACAGCACACCUACCAGCCUUGUUGCCCGGGUAUGCGGAAGUGAUGAAACACUGAUUGUGGCAAACUCACAAGCGACUUUGGUACGUGACAUCACCGCCUAUUUGGGCUUUGACAAUGCAGACGGGAGCUCUUGGUUUUCACCAGGAGCUCUCCUGAGCACCCUGUGCAUUCUACACUGGUGUCUGUACAUCUUUGAAGAGAUUCGGAGCAUUUGCUCGACAAUCCUAGCAAUUUCCAACGUGCCACAGGAUCAGGAAAGCGAGAUGCGAGGGGGCCGCUUGAUACGCAUCUCGUACUUCCGCCUUCUGUCAUACUUUGUGCUGACGGUGAUCCGAUCGUGCAUCGCUGCCGUGUUGCUCUAUGCAGGCGUUCUAUGGUUGGCAGGGACAACCUCGAUUGCUUCGUUGAUGGUGAACAGCGUGGCGCUGGCGGCAAUAAUGGAUAUCGACGAGAAGAUUUUCGCAGCGCUCAUGCCCCGACAAAUUCAAGUAGAAAUGGAUGGCUUGCAACCUUUCACUGCGACCUACAGUCGCAGAUCCAGCCAAGUGGAAUCCAUGCUCUUAACCACAGUGACCGCAGGUCUGCUAGCAUGGUCAUUCGUGUUCCUUAUCCACCCGCUGAGUCAAGAUAUGCGAGAUGUGAAGGAUGAGUAUUGCGGUGGUAACCAAGACUUCGUCCUCAAAAGCAACGCAGAUGUUCAACUGUCAGUUGCCAUUGGAACAGUUCCUUAUGGAGAAGGAGGCGGGGGUCUGACGCUCAAUAAUUUGGCUGUGGAUGAAAUGCUGCAAAAGAACCAUGAGAACGGCUUUCUGAAAUACACUGUCCUUGCCCACACCCUCCGCGAUUUCGACCGGUGGUCUACAGGGACAAUCAGUCAGUGGGGCAUUGCUAUACUUCAUGGCUGCACGCAGUGGGAGAACAGCAGCUUCCUCGUGGCUGUUGCAGUCUCUCUCGGCUAUGAACCGAAAUCAGGCUAUGCGUGCAACGACUUUGUGAGCGCUUGCCUGCGCCCAGAAGCCCGGCUGCUGCGGAUGCUGUGCCCGAAAACUUGUGGCUGCAACGAUCCCAGCCUUCCCUGGUUCCGGGUGUCCACGUUAGGCUGUCCACAACCUUGCCUGGAUGACGCGAAGAAGGCAUCUGCUAAGGUGCCGUGCAAAGACACGGCUGUUGACUCAGCAUGGCAUCAAGCCUGGUCGUCAUGGCCACAGAUAUGGUUGACGCAGUUCAACGGCAAUCCGAACACUCAUGCCGGACAAGAUCGUUUAGCCUUACUGAACAACAUUUCACGGCGAGCCCGUGAGAAUGGAUGCAGUGCCGUCUCAAACCUGGGCUUGCCGAAAGGAGUACCGUUCAAUGGAGAUUCUGUUUGCCAGGGCUGGAACAUGCUCAUCUCUUCCGUGGCAAAUCUCUGUCCUGAAACGUGUGAAUGCACGAAGCCUGAGUAUGCUGCAGACCCGCUGCGUGGCUGCCCACGCAGCUGCGAAAGCCUUGCCUUGAAAAAACCAGCCAUGUGGCAAAUCUUGCUGGCUAGUCACGCCUUGCAGAAUGUUGCCGUAGAGCUCACUCAUCCAGGAGCAGGUACGUGA